CGUGGUUGUAUAGUUUUCUCUUAUAGGGUAGAGUUUUACCGUUUGGGGCGAAAAAAAGUAUGCAGAACUGCAGUCUGUUGUUAUGGUAACUGCAGCGAAUAACUAAUUUGAUGUGGUAAGACCUAUAGAGUUUGAAGAGUACAAUUAUUCAGGUCUUUCACAGCUUCCUCUUCAGCCAGGUCAUCAUCCCCAAAAUAAGAAAAAGGAUGUUGUAAUUAGCCCAGAAUGCACUGCAAGCUCUAGCACUUGAGUGACUGGUUUACUAAGUUAUCUAAGCAGCCUCUAAGAAUAAUCAACAUAUCAAUUGCAGGCAGGUUGGUACUAAAGAAGUGCCUUUCCUGACGUCUCUGCUGCUUGGAACCGCUUCUAGAGCAGUCACUGCUUUUGCCUUGCUUGCUGCCAGCUAGACUGCAACGACAGCACAUCUACUCUCCAGCUCUAGUCCAGCCGCCCCCACCUGUACCUCGAAUUGGGCAAACACAUCCUCAGUAUCCAGGCAUCGCCUUUUAACUGCUGCUUUACUGUACAAACAAACCUUUUUUUUCUCUCUCUUUAAGAAAACGUAAGAAGAUUUACUGCCAUUAAAUUGACAAGGUUAGGUUUCGAUUGUUGCUGUACACUGCUGCACUGUCUAUGCCAAUCUGAUCAAUAACGAUUGCACCGUAUAUCCCAGUUGCCAAGUCAGCUGUGGGGAGAUUACCUUUCAGACAACUCUACUGGAAGCAGUUCGAAAAGCCAGUGUCAGCAAACCGUCUGCCACAUUUCCAUGCUUAUGUUAGGCUCCAGUUUGGGCUCAAAGAUAGUUCAGACCAGAUUGUUUGAUAUACGUCUAUUCACUGCUGAUAUUAUUGCUUUAAAAUUACUUUUUUAAGUAAUUUGUUUUUAGGUUUGACAGAAGACACCUCUGAAACAAAGAAAUAAUACAAAAGUAUUUUUAGGUAACAUUUUUAUUCAAUUAAACAUACCACAGAUUGCCUAGAGAUUUUUAUUUUCGAUUUUUCAAUUUCAACCACCUACACAUUUCGAACAUGGCAGUCAAUAUCGCUCAAAUGAGGGACACAAAAUGGCUCACCCUGGAAGUGUGUAGAGAGUUCCAAAGAGGGACUUGCUCUCGGCCAGACACAGAAUGUAAAUUUGCACAUCCUGCGAAAAGCUGCCAAGUUGAAAAUGGAAGAAUAAUCGCCUGCUUUGACUCUUUAAAAGGCCGCUGCUCACGAGAAAACUGCAAAUAUCUGCAUCCUCCUCAACACUUAAAAACACAGUUGGAGAUAAAUGGACGCAAUAACCUAAUUCAGCAGAAAAAUAUGGCUAUGCUAGCCCAGCAGAUGCAGCUUGCCAACGCCAUGAUGCCUAGUACUCAGUUACAACCUAUGAUAGACCGUUUGCUUAUUCACCCUGAAUCUUCAUACAAUUCGUCCCCCCGUUUCUUUCAACCAAUGUUCUCUGUCGCCCCAAGCCUAGCCACCAAUGCGGCAGCAGCUUUCAACCCCUACAUGGGGCCAGUGUCUCCAGGCUUACUCCCAGCUGAGAUGAUGUCUACUGGUCCAAUGCUGGUAACAGGGAACCCUGCUGUCCCAGGUCCUGCCGCUGCAGCUGCUGCUGCUCAGAAACUAAUGAGGACAGAUAGACUGGAGGUUUGCCGGGAGUACCAGCGCGGAAACUGCACAAGAGGUGAAACUGACUGCCGGUUUGCUCAUCCCUCUGACAGCACGAUGAUUGAUACCAAUGACAACACAGUCACAGUGUGCAUGGAUUACAUAAAAGGGAGAUGCUCCAGGGAAAAGUGUAAAUAUUUCCACCCGCCUGCACACCUGCAGGCCAAGAUAAAAGCCGCGCAGCACCAGGUCAAUCAGGCUGCAGCCGCACAGGCAGCAGCCACCGCCAUGACUCAGUCGGCUGUCAAAUCACUGAAGCGACCCCUCGAGGCAACCUUUGACCUGGGAAUCCCUCCAGGUGUACUCCCCCCAUUACCAAAGAGACCCGCACUUGAAAAAACCAAUGGUGCCACCUCAGUGUUUAAUACUGGUGUUUUCCAAUACCAACAGGCCCUUGCCAACAUGCAGUUUCAGCAACAGGCUUUCAUCCCUUCAGGCUCAAUAUUGUGCAUGACACCGGCAUCAAGUGUUGUUUCCAUGAUGCACGGCGCCACGCCCUCCUCUAUGUCUGCAGCAUCAUCGUCUGCCACAAGUGUGCCCUUCGCUGCAGCAGCCUCAGCCAACCAGAUUCCCCAAGAAUACAUGCAUUUGAUACCCAUAAUGUCUGCAGACCAUCUGACUAGCCACAAGUAUGUUACUCAGAUGUAGAAGUCUCUUCACAGAACAAUCAUACUAAAGAUAAAAGUGUGCUGGUAUACAGUAAAAAGUGUCAUCGGUCAUGUAAAAAUACAUCAGAGACCUCAUCCCCUCAGCAGGAGAAGUUGACACAAUGCAUGCUAACACCACAGGACAGAGGGCAGAAGACCUGGGCAUACAAAUAUCACACACUGACAAGUAUAUUCUCUGUAUCUUUUACUAAUCUUAAAGUUGAGGGGGGACUGUGUUACUGUCCACUAUACAUCACUGUCUGCCUUUUCUACUAUCGUUGUAUGCAUACAUUUCAAUACAUAUGCAUAAAUAAUCCAUUACCGUACAGGUCUAGUCCACCGAAAAGGUAGACCAUGAUGUAGUUAUCAUGUCUAACAUUGGUUCAUCUGUAGACCAAGAAAUAAUUCUGUUUUUUUUUUUUGUUUUGUUUUUUUUUUAAUUCUGAUAUAUUUCUUUCAUGGUUUACAAAUAACAAAGGUGCACCUUGUAUUUAAAAAAAAAAAGAAAAAAAAAAGAAAAUGCCAUUAUAGAUGAGAGUCGAUUGUGCAUGCAUAGUGUUUUGUGUGUAAGGGUUAUAUUUUUAACGGAACAGAUUGUAAGAGGAAGUAAAGGAAGUAUCUGACAGAGAUGAAUGUGCUGAGCAAAACCACAACUGUGUAUAUUAUAAAGCACAACAUGGCUUUAAGUACCAUGUUAUAGGAUACACAUUAAGUGCCAUAGACUGUACAUCCAAACUAGAGUAUUAUCCCUGCAGUGUUAUUGUGUUUAUCUUAUGAACGCCACUUUUUUUUUUUUUUUGCUACUGCUAGUGCUAACUAUGUAGAGGGCACCAUUAAGGUCUCAGUGUCAAAAACGUCUCAGAAAUGGUAUCUUUUCUUUAAGAUUUAAAACAAUUCAAAUCACCUACUUACAGCUGGCAUGACGUGAACAUUCGUACGAUAAUAUGAUGUAGUUUAUUAUACUGUAGUACUUAUAUAUUGCAUAACAUGCAGUGUUAUUUUUUUCUGUGUUUUAUAUCAUGCCAUUUCUGAGACAAUGAAAGGCAAGAGGGUUUAGGAGGGUUUUUUUAGCCUUUGUCGGAAGUCUUUAGACUAUAAAUGCU